CCCUUUGCCAAUGCAAGUUGGCACUUUCUCUGCAAUUUACAGUCUUGGAGACUUGCCUGGAAGCAGUGACAGGUUUUGUAGGUAAUUCUCCAUGAUGGAUGGUUUUCAGAAAAAAGGUCCCGAGGAACAACUCCACAUGGUCACCCCUCUCCUGGAAAGCUGGACGCUGUCCCUGGCUGCAGGCACCCCUGUCUUCCUAAAGCUGGAGAAUGUCCAGCCUACUGGCUCCUUCAAGAUCAGGGGCAUAGGACACUUCUGCCAGGAGGUGGCCAAGAAGGGUUGCAAACACUUUGUGUGCUCCUCAGGGGGGAAUGCAGGUGUGGCUGCUGCUUAUGCCGCCAGAAAGUUGGGCAUCCCAGCCACCAUUGUGCUGCCCAAAGGUGCCAACCCAAAUCUGCUUCGGAGACUGGAGAGGGAGGGAGCUGAGGUGCAGAUGGUAGGGAAGGUAUGGGAUGAUGCCAAUUUGAAGGCCCAGGAAUUGGUCAAAACAAAUGGCUGGGUCGAAGUUCACCCCUUUGACCACCCAUUGAUCUGGAAAGGCCAUGGCAGCAUGAUUCAUGAACUGAAGGAUACUCUGGGUACUCGACCUGGUGCCAUCAUCCUCUCUGUAGGGGGUGGAGGCCUCCUAGCUGGUGUUGUGGCAGGAAUGAAGGAGGUGGGCUGGCAAGAUAUCCCCAUCAUUGCCAUGGAGACCCGGGGUGCUGACUGUUUUAACCAAGCUGUUCGAGCUGGGAAACUUGUCACCUUGCCUGACAUUACCAGCGUGGCCAAGUGCCUGGGUGCCAAGACAGUGGCUGCCCGGGCACUGGAGUGUAUGCGUGAGUGCCAGAUCAUCUCGUUGGUGGUGGAUGACGAGGAUGCCGUGCAAGCCAUCGAACGCUUCCUUGACGAUGAGCGGAUGCUGGUGGAACCCGCCUGUGGGGCUGCUUUAGCGGCCAUCUAUUCGGGCUGUGUAGGUCGGCUGCAGGCGGAGGGUCGCCUCAGCCCCUCUCUGGGCUCCAUCGUGGUUAUCGUAUGUGGUGGAAACAGCAUCCACCAGGCUGAGCUGAGGGCCCUCCGAGCCCAGCUGGGCAGGGGCCGAGCGGUCUCGCCCUAGGAGGCUCCCGUUGGGUGGCCGAGGUUUAAACUCUCCAUCGUACUCCUUGGCUUUGAAAUGAUGCUCUCCGCAAGGACCCCUGGAGAAAACCAGCCAUUUAGAGUGCCUUCUUCCUCCUGGAAGCCUUCCCUGAUCAUGCCAAUCUCCAAUGAUUUCUCUCUUGUCUAACCAUUUUCUUCUUUGUCUCCCCAACUAGACUGUAAGCAGGGAUGUGCCUUGUGUUUUGGCGUCAACCCUCUUAGCCCAGUCUCCCAGCGGUAACACGGGGCUGGGGCCGUGGCAAAUACUCAAUAAAAAUUUUCUAGUUUGA